UUGUAUUGUUUGGAAAGCAAGAUGGCUGAGAACGUUUUGGAGUUCGCGAACGGUGAUGUUUGUGAAAAUUUCAUAUCUCUAAUUAAUGGCAGUUAAAAUUUUUGGAAUAUGAUUCUCAUAGAAUCAUGGAAAGCAAACAUAAAGAACUGCUCAGUCUCCAUCGCUCCAAAUUUCUCAGUGCCAUAGAAGUAGAAAAACUGUUGCCGAUUUUGCAAAGCAAAAAUGUAGUGUACCCAGAUGACAUCAGCGAGAUAAACAAACAGCCUAGUCGAACUGGGCGGGCCGAGAGACUCCUGGACAUCCUACCCGACAAACCAAACUCAGCCUUCCAUGGAUUGUGUCAGGCGUUGGAAACGACAUACCCUCAUCUCCUUACGGCGAUGUUUCUAGGGUGUAACCAGCGAGCUACCACUCCAGAUUCACGAUCGCUGUCGCUUGCAUCAGAUUCUGAAGAUGACCCUCUGAAUCAGUUGUGUCAUUCAGAGACACAGGAUCUGGAUGGUGGUAAGACAUACACACGAAUCAUACCUUCUCAUGAGUAUGACCUUCACGAGAGUGCCUACCCAACAAUAGCUGGCCAGGAUAAACAUAAGAACUCCAAGUCCCAGCUUGAGAGACAUCAUCCAACAAUGAACCGUGACGGCCAACAAUCCGACCACCAUCGCGACUAUGACCGCCUUAAAGCCCAAUGUGAACAUGCAAUGAAGGAACUGCAGUCAUUGAAACGGACACAGACAGACAUGGAGAAACGAUACGACCAAACACAUAAGGAGCUGGAGAAUUAUAGUCAAAAAUAUCGAUCUGUCCUCAGCCAGCUCCAGCAUGCCAGAGAUGAGAACACACACAUCAAGUCCCAGUCUUUGGAGUUUGAGCGGGAGAAACAGCAGCUAGACCAAGAGAUUCUCAGCCUUAGGAGUCUGCAUGAAGAAGAUAAACAAGAAUUGUCUGACUUACGCAAACAGCUCCGUGAGGUAAUCAAUGAGAGUGGCUCAAGUGAAGUCCUUAACAAAAUGUAUGACUGUGCUCAGGACAAAUAUGAAGGAAUUCGAGCAGAUUAUGAGGCACUUCGGGAGCGCUACACAGAACUUAGGUCCCUGAAUUUAGAAACAACCAGCAAACUUGAACAUCUGAGGGAUGAUAACAUGAAGAUGCAAAAAAAGUUGGAAAGUAUGCGUAUGGAUCAGGAGUCCGUUAUCAUGGAAAGAAACGCUCUUAAAAAGCAGUGUACAGGAGCUAUACGUAACUGGGACCAAGUCAUUCAUGAACGGGAUCAGCUCAAAGAGGAAAUGUCAAAAGUCACCGAACAGAGGGAUGAACUAAUGAAAGGCUCAAACCAAAUCUUAUUUAAAUUGGAAUCUGCUUGUAAGGAGAGAGACGCUGCUAAAUCUGAGCACAGUCUCGUAAUGGCAGAGCGGGCGUCAGUUCUUAACGAUUACGACCGAUUACAGGAAAGAGUUACUGAGUACAGUCGUAAGAACGAGGCUCUCGAAAAGGAGAAAAAAGGUGCUUUGACAGAAUUAGAAAAUUUGAAACACGAAUUGAUGACAUCGAUACAGGAAAGAGACAAAGCUAUCAAGGAACGUAAAGAAUUGCUGAAUAAAUAUAGUGAUGUUCGCUCUAAAAAUGACCAGCUGGAGGGUCAACGUGAGGACUUUCGCAAGGAUUGGCAGAUGGUGAUGCAGGAACGGGAUGUUGCGAGGAAAGAACGACAUGAGGCAAUUCAAGAUAGAGAUAGGAUUUUAAGGGAAACAUAUGAACGGGAACGCUGUCAGAAGGAAAAGGCAGAGGAGAUGGACCAGGUAUCCAAGGAAACAGAAAUGCUGAAGCGAACAAUUGAGAAACUGCAGCGGGAGCUGAGAGAUGCAAACCAUGAGGUGGAGUCUUCUAACAUGUCACGAGACUGGGCCCUCCGUGAGCGUGACAAGAUUGUGCAGGAACGAGACAGCAUUCGGACGCUCUGCGACAGUCUGCGGCAUGAACGUGAUAGAGCUGUCAGUGACAAAGCCAAGACCCUGCGUGACUUUGAUGAUCUUAAGAAACAGAAGAGCGAGGCAUGCAAAGAGCUAAAGGAAACAAGGGAGAAAUAUGAAAGUGUAAUGGAAAAAGAAGCUCGUAAAAACCAACUGAAUGGUAUUGGCCACAACCACAGCCGAGACUCGGCUAUUGAUGCUGAUCUCCAGGAGUGGGAGACAGAGGAGGUGAUUGUUGACAUUGGCCGUUUUAACCCUGACAACUUGGGCUUUGACAUUGUCGGUGGGAAAGAUGACCCGCAACUCACCAAUGACAACUCCAUCUUCAUCAGCCACAUCAGCAAGGGCAGUGUGGUCGAUGGCAAACUCAAGGUGAAUGAUGUCCUGAUGAAAGUCAACAACCAGGACACCACCAAUAUGACAAAGAGAACAAUGUUUCAGACACUACGAGAUGCCUGUGACAAUGUUUCCCUGUUGGUGAGACGGCGUCGUUGCAUCACUCCCCGAGUCUGGCAGCCGCUGCAGUUGAAUAUUUCUCUUGGAAAAGAGACUGGAAUCUACAUAGAGCAUGGCUUAUAUGUAAGUCGCAUAAGUCCUGGUUCUGUUGUUGCUAAGGAAGGUCUUCUGGUCACAGGAGACAGGAUCGUUGGGGUGAAUGGUAAAUCUGUGGAGAGUCUCAGUGCUAAGGAGCUGAUGCGACUCCUGGAUGACUGCCGGGACUCUUGUGUUAUGGAGAUCUGGCGACAAACAUCACCCCUUGGGAUCAACUCAGCUGGUUCUUCUCCCAUUCCCGUCCCACUGACAAGUCUGUCUCAUCUCUCGGAGCAAAUCUCACACCGGUUAACUAAGCCAGAGAGUCCCCCUCUCAAACCUCAGUCAAUGUGGGACGGAAACAUAACCUCUGACAGUGGGAAAAGUAGUACAAAGAUGCGUAGUAGUGGAUCCCAGACAGACAGUCUGGACAGUCCCGGACCUCCGUCCAGACAUAAGGACAAACGUUACCAGGAGAGGGACUUGGAUAAACCAAACAGACAUAGUGUGCUUGAGAAAAUUAAAAUGUUCAAACAUAGACAUAAAAGUCAGGAACGAAAUGAGGUUGAUGAUGGAACGCUGAAACAGCAAGAUUUGAUGUCACAAAGUGUGUAUGUGAACACUUGCAGGUCUCCUGAUGAUAUAAUAGGGGAGUUUGAUAUGCCUCUUGCUGGUACCAGUAUGCAUGAAAAACUAACUGCAAAUAAACCUGAGAAUAAAACAUCUCGUAAACGUGAGCUGGAGAGUGAAAACAGUGGCACUUGGCCAAAGUGCUGUCGUGUUUAUCCUACAGCUAGUAAUGGCACUGUGAUGUUUCCACAGCGUAGGCAUGAGCGCCCUACACUUGAGGCAUUGAUAAAUCCAGAAAGGCUGGUUCCAAAAACACCCCCGACACCACCAGAGCGAACAGGUGCUUCAUAUGUGGCGGUGCGUCACAGCCCACAGAGUAGUGAUUCUACACUUACUGGUAAAUAUCGGCAUAGUCCACAGAGCAGUGAUUCCACCUUACAGCUUGGCUCCCCCUCGCCCAUCAACUCCCCAAAGUUCAGCAGCAAGUCUAAUCAAUAUCUACACAACACUGCCUCUGUGCCUCCAUUCCAGCAACAGGACUCUCACAUUUUGCCUGACUAUUCUCACAGAAACACGGGCAGUUCUCGGAGCUCACGUCAGGCUCACAAACGCUAUACUGUUGGGUCCUUUGGGCCAGACUUCCCACCUAAAGAGGGGUUUGAACAGCAUCCUCCACCUCGCGUACGCAAUAAGCCUGCUCGACACCUCGACCGUGAUAUCAGAGGUAGUCAGAAGUAUACCAACAAGUACAGGUCUAGUCAGUCUCAUAGCUCUGUGAAUUGCAGCAAGUCGCCACAAGGCCAUACAGCAUUUGACUUUCCACACAACACUUCAUCCUUGGGUGGGAGCACAGGAAGUACACGAUGGUCCAGUAAUAUGUCCUCUCCACAUGAUGGUUUACAUUCCCCACCCUACACCCCCUCUGUCGGGGUCAGCUCCCCACCAUACACGCCUGCUGCUAUGGUAAGGUCACCUCCAUACCAACCCCCUCCCAGAGGACAGAGUAGCAGUAAUUCGUCGACAGUCUCCUCCAUGUCCCGUCCAUAUCAGCCCUACUCCCCAGGGAAUUACUGCACUCCCCAGUACCCCAUAUCACCCCCGUACAGUUCCCCGGCUGAUUCCUGUACAGACUGUGACAGUGAAAUCCCACGCUACUCUCCCUCCAACGACUGGUGUAGUUCACCAAGCUCUUCCCAGCGCAGUUCAUCCACGCCCAGUGAUCAGCUGAGUUACCCGUUAAUAGUUCCACCACGGAUCUCUCCUUCAGAGACGAACACAUUUCCACGGAAACCGCCUCGUGUGUGGUAUCCUCCCACAGUGAGCACAGCUUCCUCAACCAAGUCGGGUUCUGUCGAAGUGGUUUCUGAGCGAAGCAGUCCUGGUUCUCCUUUACUGAACAGCAGAUUAGAAAUGCCUCAACGGAGGAGAAAGCCUUACCCUGGUGAAACCCGGACCAUACAUGUUGAGCGGAACCUGCAACCAGUUGGCUUCAAUAUCGAGAAAAGGAGUACAGGAGGAAUCUUUGUAUCUAUGGUCAACACAAACAGCCUUGCAGCAGACGCAGGGCUCGUCAUUGGGGACCAGUUACUAGAGAUUUGUGGGAUCAACAUGAGAACAGCAACCCAUGAAAUUGCUGCUCGUUUUCUACACCAGUGUGGAAAAGAUCUCACUCUACUUGUCCAAUACAACCUUGAUGAGUACAAUAACGGUGAAUCAUCAGGUGACAGCGCGAACACCUCCCCGAACAAUUCUCCAGAUUCCAGUACAUUCAAGAAAGAGUCAAACCUGAGUCGGUCCAGUAUGUCAUGCGAAUCCCCACGCUUCGUCUCCCUUAAAAAGAGCUCACCAAAUGUGAGCCUAGGCAUCACCAUUGUAGGUGGAAAUGCAGUUGGCAUCUUUAUACACAAUGUCCAACCUAACAGUGUUGCGUACGGACAUGAUGGAUUACACUGCGGGGACCAAAUACUUCAGUACAACGGGGUAGACUUCUCCUCAGUGACGGCAGAAUUUGCAUCCACUGAGAUUUCCAAGUCCUGUCUGGCGGUGGGAUUGAAGGUUCAGUACAAUCCAGAAAAAUACUACCAGAUCCAAGAUCAACCAGGUGACCUAUUCUAUGUGCGUGCUCAUUUUGACCGUCCUGCAGAGAAUGAAGGAGAAUUAAGUUUCUACAAAGAUAAUGUGCUGAUGGUAGAGAAUACAAUGUAUAGGGGUGUGGCAGGCUGUUGGUUUGGCUGGCUGGUCGAUGAUGACUGCAACAAAAUCAAAUCUGGCACCAUUCCCAGCAAAGAAAGACUUGAGGAUGACUUUAUGCUGCGGCGAAGUCAUUCUGGCAGCCUUAGUCUGCAGGACUUGGAUGAACUCAAAGGCACAACUCGCAGGGGAUCAGGAACUGCACGGCGAAGCUUUUUCCGGCGCCGACAUAAGCGAAAUAAUUCCAAAGACAGUAGAGAGUUUAGUGCCUCAGAUGCUCCACUCACUAGCGAGUCUGUGCCAAUGCUAGAUGAUGUAUCCCUUUAUGCCUACACAAAAGUAGAUCGAAAAGAGUAUAAAAUGACAAGACCUGUGAUAUUACUGGCUCCUCUGGCUGAACCUCUCAUCAACAAGAUUGCCUCGGCAUCCAGUGACAAAUAUAAGGCCUGCCGACCAAUUGUCAUGCAGACAUCAGCCAAAGCAAUGGAACAAGGACUUGCUGACAGUACCUACAUAGACUACUGGCAACAGGAUGACCACUACGAAUGUAUCCGUGUGUCUUCUAUCAGAGAAAUCUGUGAUCAGAGCAUUCACUGUCUGCUCAACACUAGUCCAGCAGCUAUAGAGCGUCUCCAUAGACUACAGAUAUACCCCAUUGUCAUCUUCGCCCGCCAUAAAUCAUUUAAACAGAUCAGGGAAAUACGUGACCCACAGUUUCAUCCCAAAAACCUAAGUAAUAAAGCGGCAAAAGACCUGUAUGAACGAUUCCAGAAGGUAGAGCAGGAUUACCGCCACCAAUUCUCAG